CACACACACACACUCUCUCUCUUCUCUCUCUCUCUAUAAUGGCCAGCACAAGUAGCAGAGACAGGGAGGACGCGCUCUCCUCGUUCGCCGCCGCCAACCACUCCCAGUCGUCGUCUCCGAUCACCGUCUCCGACCCCCUCGCCGUCUACGCCGAGCCCUCCGGUAGCGCCCCGGGGAGCUUCCAGAGCGAGGGGCUCCUCCUCGGCGCCGGCGGCGGCGGCGGCGGCGAGGCGGCCGGCGGCGGGAGCGACGCCGAGCUCGGCUUCUCCCGCCCCGAGUUCCGGCAGGACCAGCUCGCCGGCACCGUGCAGUUCUACGAGCGCCACGUCUUCCUGUGCUACAAGAACCCUAAGGUCUGGCCCCCCAGGAUCGAGGCCGCCGAGUUCGACCGGCUGCCGAGGCUGCUCUCCGCCGCCGUCGUGGCCAGGAAGAAUGACAUGAGGAACGAGACACGCUUAACCAUCUGUGAGGGGCAUGAUGGUACAGAGACAUCAAAUGGGGAUGUGUUGAUAUUUCCAGACAUGAUUAGAUACAGGAGAUUAACACAUUUUGAUGUUGAUACAUUUGUUGAAGAAGUUCUCGUUAAAGAUGGUGAAUGGCUUCCUGGAACACCCGAAUCCCUAAAUGGUUCUUAUGUUUUCGUAUGUUCCCAUGGAUCACGAGAUCGUCGUUGUGGAGUCUGUGGACCUGCUCUUGUUAGUAGGUUCAGGGAAGAGAUAGAGUUGCAUGGUCUCCAUGGUAAAGUUACUGUUAGCCCUUGUUCACACGUUGGAGGUCAUGAGUACGCUGGAAAUGUCAUAAUAUUUGGACCAGAUUUUAGUGGAGCCAUAUCAGGGCAUUGGUAUGGAUAUGUAUCUCCAGAUGAUGUGUCCAUAUUGUUGGAGCAACAUAUCGGGGAAGGGAAAAUAGUAGACUGGCUGUGGAGGGGCCAAAUGGGUUUGUCAGAAGAUGCACAGAAGAAGUUACAUGAGCAAAGGUUCCAAUUAGAUGGUGAUAUGACUGUGAAUAAGGGCAAAGAGCUAACAGGGACAUGGAUGGACAGGAAAAAGACUGAUGUUUUUGAAACUCCUGUUGAGGUUAUGCCUUGUUGCCAGGGAAAUGGGAACUCAUCUUGUUGUCAGCAACCUCUUUUAUCAGAGAAGACAGAUGAGAAGGUUGUGGCAUCUGGAAAGAAGAUUGGCAAAAAGUUGUCCUGCACAAAGAGUGGUAAAAGCGUUGGUGCACGUAAAGUCUGUUCAAUGCCAACUUGGUUAGAGAGUUGGGAGCGGGAAGAUACAUAUGCAGCACUCGCUGUUGUUUUUGCUGCAGCGUCGGUUGCCGUUGCAUAUAGCUGCUAUAAACAAUUAUGAUAGGGUGUCUACUUAAUCUUCCAUGCUUCAUGAUGAAAUGCGUCAGUGGAUUUUCCACUCCAGUAUUUAGUGGGAUCACAUAUUUGUACAUGUCAGGGUCAGAAGGGCGGGCUUGAUCCUUCAUUUCCAAUGGCCUCGAUUUAUCUAUGGUCCUUCUAACCUGUUGUCCUAAAUAUCGAAUGCACAUAAUUCUACCUUGUGUUUUUAGGGGUUUCCCCAUCCCCCUUGUGUGCAGAGGUCUUGCUUGUUUUUUGGCUUUAGGUAGCUUUUGGCUUGUAAUUUAACUUUGUAAAUUUGAAUAAUUGAUAUUAUGUGUUACUUGGUCGAUAUGAGAAAGGCGUGUCCUGCCUGUUUGUUAUA